CACGCGGAGCUGACGUCCUCAAUGCGCGGGUCUGUCAAAAAAAAUAACUGCCCCACAAUUUUUAUCCUGGCCAACGCUGUACCAUUUUUUUUUCCUGCGACGCCUUCAUAUAGGUUUAAAUUAAUAGCUGGGAUUUUCUUUGUCAAAUUGAGAAAGAAACCCGUCGCGGUGUGCACGGCGCAUCGUCUCCGGCGGCGGAUAUUCGAGGGCAUUACGUGACGGUUCCCUAAAUUGGAUUAGCGCUAAGUAAAGCCACCGGCGAACGGUAGUUAGCAAAGUUGCUAGUUAGCCAAACAGACUCGUCGGGAGUGGAGGGAAGAGGAGACGCGGACGGACGGACUUCUCCGAUUCCAACAAACUGCGUGGACCAGGGUUAGCUGGUUAGCUAGCUAGUGCAAGACGCGAAUGGCAACGUUAUAGACACAUUUCCGCGUGAGUGAGUGAGUGAGUGAGUGUGUGUAUGUGUGUAUGUGUGUGUCGCCCUUCAACCUGUUCCGGGUGUGCGCUUAACGUUACACACAGCUCAACGUCGAGACAUUAGGGGGUUUGACAGUAUGGACAGUUACAGUCAGCGCUUUGACAGCAAGUCUCAGAAGAAGAAGGGUUCGUCCCACCACGGCGCGUCAUGCUACGACGAAGGAGACCGCAAAGCAAAGUUUCACUUACCGUUUAGAAACAUCACAGAUGAUGUGCUGGACCGAUUUGCCAGCAUUCGGAUUCCGGGUAGUAAGAAGGAGCGGCCGCCCUUGUCGCACUCUAAACACAAUACCAACGAGUGGUCGAUUUCUUCAUCGUCCACCUCGCAUCAGAUUGAGGAGCUGUCGUCGAAGAUCACCACGGAAAAAGAGAUCUUGGCUCUGUUUGAAAAGAUGAUGGAGGACAUGAACUUGAAUGAAGAAAAAAAGACUCCUUUGAGAGAAAAGGACCUCAACAAAAAGAGAGAAAUGGUCAUCCAGUAUGUUUUUACUGCCUCUAAAACGGGCACGUUAAGAAGCAGCCAUCAAGUAUCUCCCCAGGAAUUUCUGGGAGAGCUAAAGUCGGGGGUGAUGGACGAGCGCCUGAUCGCAUGUCUAGACUCAUUGCGUGUGUCGCUUACCAGUAACCCCGUCAGCUGGGUGCAGAGUUUUGGGCAUGAGGGUCUCGGACUACUGCUGGACAUCUUGGAGAGGUUGCUAUUCAAGAAGGAGCAAGAGAAGAUUGACAAAAAGAACCAACAUAAAGUUGUCCAGUGUCUCAAGGCCUUCAUGAACAAUAAGUAUGGCUUGGAUCGAAUCCUCGGGGAGGAGAAAAGCCUUUCUUUACUGGCAAGAGCCAUUGAUCCCACCCAGUCUGCCAUGAUGACUGACGUGGUAAAGCUGCUGUCGGCCAUCUGCAUUGUGGGCGAAGAGAACACUUUGGAGAAGGUCCUUGAAGCCAUUACCAUAGCGGGGGAAUGGCGAGCAAUCGAGAGGUUCAGUCCCAUUGUGCAAGGACUUCGUGAUCGUUCCGUCCAAUUACAAGUGGCAUGCAUGCAGCUCAUCAAUGCACUAGUAACGUCUCCGGAUGAGCUGGACUUCAGGCUGCACAUCAGAAAUGAAUUUAUGCGCUGUGGCUUGAAAGAGAUAUUGCCGCAACUGACGUCCAUCAGAAAUGACGCCCUUGACAUUCAGCUGAAGGUGUUUGUGGAGCACAAAGAAGAGGACAUGAUUGAGUUCUCCCACAGGCUGGAAGACAUCCGGAGUGAACUGGAUGAUGCGGGGGAUGUAUUCAGUAUUGUGCAGAGCACGGUGAAGGACAGCAGUGCAGAGCCCUACUUCCUCUCUAUACUGCAGCACCUGAUGCUUAUACGCAAUGACUACUUGGUCAGGCCGCAGUACUUUAAGAUCAUUGAGGAGUGUGUGUCUCAGAUUGUGCUCCACCGCAGUGGCACGGACCCAGACUUCAGUUACCGCAAGCGCCUAGAUGUGGACUUCAGCCACCUCUUAGAGGUGUGUGUGGAUAAAGCUCGAAGUGAUGAGUACGAACAAAGAGCUUCAGAACUGGCACAGAAGUUUGAGGAGGAGUUUGUAAGCAGUCAGGAGACACAAGCUCAACUGGUUAAGUGUGAAGAGAGAGCAGCUGAACUCCAAGCUGAGCUGCAAGCCUUUAAGUCCCAGUUUGGAGCGGUACCUGCCGGUCUGUCUCCGUCAACACUCCCGUCCGGAGCGCCACCGCACGCUCCAGUACCUGGGUUGCCGCCGCCCCCUCCUCCACCUCCCCCGCCUCCCUUACCAGGCUGUCCUGCCCCACCACCUCCACCGGGAGUGCCUCCUCCAUUUGGUGCCCCUCCGCCGCCCCCUCCAGGGUUUGGUUCUCCCACCCACCAUGCGCUGCCUUACGGCCUCAGGCCUAAGAAGGAAUUCAAGCCUGAGACUUCCAUUAAGCGCCUCAACUGGUCCAAGAUUCGUCCCCAGGAGAUGUCGGAGGGCUGUUUCUGGGUUCGGGCUGAUGAGGACCGAUACUCUAAACCAGAAUUACUGAGCAGAGUUGCUCUCACUUUUGGUUCACAAAGAACAGAAACCAAAGACUGUGAGGAGAGUGUACCAGCAGAGGAGCCACCCAAAAAACAAGAGGACGAUAUGGAGGAUAAGAAAUCCAUAAAGAAGAGAAUCAAGGAGCUCAAGGUGCUCGAUGCCAAGAUUGCACAGAAUCUAUCCAUCUUCCUGGGAUCCUUCCGUAUGCCUUAUCACGAAAUUUGUCGCAUGAUUGUGGAGGUGGAUGAAGAGCAACUUACUGAACCUAUGAUCCAGAACCUUGUGAAGCAUCUGCCUGAGCAGGAGCAGCUGAACGCCUUGGCCAAGUAUAAAAACGAGUAUGCAAAUUUGUCAGAGCCCGAGCAGUUUGGGGUUGUGAUGAGCAGUGUGAAGCGGCUGCGUCCUCGCCUCAGCCAUAUCCUCUUCAGGCUGCAGUUCGAGGAGCAGGUAAACAACCUGCGCCCCGAUAUCCUAGCUGUAAACGCCGCCUGUGAUGAGGUCAGGAAGAGCUGCUCCUUUGGCCGCCUGCUGGAGCUGGUGCUGCUGCUGGGGAAUUACAUGAAUGCGGGCUCUCGAAACGCCCAGUCUUAUGGCUUCGACCUCAGCUCCCUCUGCAAGCUGAAGGACACAAAGUCAGGUGACCAGAAGACCACGCUGCUCCACUUCCUGGCACAGGUGUGCGAGCAGGAUUUCCCGGACGUGAUGAAGUUCGUUGAAGACCUGCAGCACGUCGACCGAGCCAGCCGAGUGUCUGCGGAGAAUCUGGAAAAGAGUCUCAGGCAGAUGGAGAGGCAGCUGCUGCAGCUGGAGAGAGACCUGGAGACGUUCUCCUCCCCCGAUGACCCCAACGACAUGUUCCUCGCCAAAAUGUCUAGCUUCAGCAAGGUCGCACGGGAGCAGUACGGAAAGCUGGUGAUCAUCCACAGCAACAUGGAGACGCUGUAUCAGAACUUGCUGGAGUACUUUGCAGUUGAUCCCAAGAAGACCUCUGUGGAGGAGCUGUUCACUGACCUCAGCAACUUCCGUUCCAUGUUCACCCAAGCACUGAAGGAGAAUCUGCGGCAGAGGGAGUCGGAGGAGAAACAGAGGAGAGCGCGGGCGGCAAAGGAGAAGGCCGAGCGUGAAAAGCAGGAGAGACAACAGAAGAAGAGGAGGCUGCUGGAAGUCAAUGCAGAGAAUGAUGAGACAGGUGUGAUGGAUAGUUUGCUGGAAGCCCUACAGUCAGGAGCUGCAUUCAGAGAUCGGAGGAAGAGAGCGCCAAGACCCAGAGAUAACCAGCAUCAGACGAUCAGCCCCAGCUCCUUUCGCCAGGUUCUCAGGCCCGUUAAUCAUGAAAACAACAAGGCGCCUUUACAAAGGUGUCGGCAGAAUAUGAAUGCGGCGGCGUUGGAACCUCCGCCUGCCAAGGAGGCGCACGCCGCUUCUCAGGGCCAUCCCGCGUCAGCCAGGGCGAAGGCCGCGGCGUGCGCGGAGUCGGGCCGCAGGUACAGAAACACUCCGGGUCACGGCUACGGGCUGGACAGAGAGAGGGUGGUGGAGAGGGAGGCGGUCAAAGUGACUCAGAGAGAGACGGUCGUGGAGGCCGAGCCUGCGGCCUUCCAGCCGUCCUCCGCUGGUGCUCCGGUCAUUAGCUGCAGCGCCAACGGGGAGACGGAUGUAGAGGCUCUUCUGGCCAAACUCAGGGCCUUGUGAGGUUCUCGUCUUAUCUCUGAAACAACACAUAUCUCUAUACACACUCACACACACACACACUCACACACAGGCUAAACGUGCUUUGAAUGCCACCAAAAUAAUUUCAGGAAUUGUGCGCACAAAAAUGUAAUGUAAAAGAGAAAGUUGUUCAGCGAUUCAUCACGCAUGAAUACCUGCACAAUUAAUCAACAUGAACAAGGGAAACAAGGACUUUUCUUUCUUUUUUAUGCUUAAUAAAUUAGAUUUGUAUGAACCUACACAUGCAUUUGAAGACCAUGUUUUAACAAAUAGAGCACAGAAAGCUGCUCACUGAAUAUUCUCUGAUUUUCAAAAGUUCUGAUCUGAUGGAAAUACUAAAUGCUCGAAAAUAAAACUAAAUACACAGGCAGAGAUUCCAUAGACUCUAGCUACUCCUGCGAGGUGCACUGCCAAAAAUGUCUGGCUAUCAUUAUAUAAAUAUAUAUUCUUGACUACGGGAAUAACUUUUCCCUGUAAGGGAAAGAUGCUACGUUGCUUAGAACUUUCUUUGUAAUCCAAGCAUUAAACAAUAUUUAAUAAAAAAAUGUAUAUCACGUUUUCGUUCAAAUUGGCAUUUCUUGUAGUUGCUUCUAGCUUUUAUUUUAAACUUUUACCCUUUAGUUUACCUUUUAGUUUGUAGUUAUUUCCACCUGCGUGGUAUUAGUCAUUAAGUCAAUUAAAAAGGAUUUAAACUUAUAUCUGCAUUUAUUACUUUUGCUAUUGAAUUAUUUUCUACAUUUUUUUUCUUUUCUCUCCUCUGAGUCUUUUUCAUUUCUUGCGAGGGGAGUUGUGGCGUCUUUUAUAUUCAAAUUAUCUAUUUAAUUUUUUGUUUGUUUUUUCUAUUAAAAGAUGUGAUCUGUAAUCUAUUAUACUAUAUAUAUAUAUACAAAAAUAUACAUCUGAGUCCCAUGGUACCGCAGUAAUAAGAUGUCAUUUGACGAGUUGAUUUUGGUUGUGCUCGACUGUUUUGUCAUCGUGAGAACUAGAAGCUGAAAGAGUCUUAAUCGUCCAAAAUGUGGCACGAAGAAAAAACUAGUUCAUCCUGAAACAGGUGAACCACAAAUGACAGUCUUAUUUUUCUUCUCCACACAUUCCUGUUGAAAUGACUCUUACAUAAAGUAUAUUUAUUUGUAUCUUCACUCACUUUUAGAAACUUAUUUACAAUAAAAUAAAUGCAAUACAA